AUGUCUUCGUUGCGCUACGAGAUGGACGACAGCAUUGAAAGCGGACUGCAGCAGCAGUCAGCAUCGGGCAGCGGUCGCAAAAGUGCGCUGAAUGCAACGCCAGGCGAUGAUCUGUUCAACAACAUGAUGGGGGCCGACUUUAGCAUAAGAAAGCGCCGCGUUUGGGCCCCGGAAGAGGUGUCGCUCGCGUCCGAAGAUAUCGAUCUGCUGGACGAUGAUGACGAUUUGGAGGAGGAGGAAGACGAUGGGGUCGGCUGCCCGUUACCGUCGACACCGGAGGAUAAUCAGCUGCUCGAAGCAGAAAUGACCGAAGUGCUGAAGGCAGGCGUUCUCUCGGACGAAAUUGAUCUUGGUGCACUGGCGCACAAUGCGGCCGAGCAGGCCGAAGAGUUUGUGCGCAAGGUGUGGGAAGCUUCGUGGAAGGUUUGUCACUUCAAAAACCUGCCGGCCUGGCUACAGGAUAACGAUUUCCUGCACAAGGGCCACCGGCCACCGUUGCCUUCGUUCAGCGCUUGCUUCAAAUCCAUCUUUCGCAUACACACCGAAACCGGCAACAUAUGGACGCAUUUGCUGGGCUGUGUGAUGUUUAUCGGUGUCGCCGCGUACUUCCUGACGCGCCCAUCGUUCGAAAUUCAGCUGCAAGAGAAACUCAUCUUCCUCACCUUCUUCAUUGGGGCGAUCAUUUGUCUAGGAUUUUCGUUCGCCUUCCACACGCUAUGCUGUCACUCGGAAAUGGUUGGAAAGCUGUUUUCAAAGCUCGAUUAUUGUGGUAUCGCCUUACUCAUCAUGGGUUCGUUUGUUCCUUGGCUCUACUAUGGGUUUUAUUGCCACUAUAAGCACAAGCUGAUCUACCUGACCGUGGUGAUUGUACUCGGUAUUACUUCGAUCAUUACUUCCCUGUGGGAUAAGUUUUCUCAACCAAAUCUGAGACCGCUCCGUGCAGGUGUAUUUAUGAGCUUUGGACUGUCUGGCAUCAUCCCAGCUAUACAUUACGUGCUUAUGGAAGGAUGGUUUAGCAAAAUUUCCCAAGCAAGUCUGGGGUGGCUUAUACUGAUGGGACUGCUGUACAUUCUUGGCGCCCUUUUCUAUGCCUUGCGCGUACCCGAACGGUGGUUCCCGGGCAAGUGUGACAUUUGGUUCCAAUCGCACCAGAUAUUCCAUGUGCUUGUGCUGGUGGCUGCUUUUGUGCACUAUCAUGGUAUCAGCGAAAUGGCAAUGUAUCGGGUAACAGUCGGUGAAUGCGAUAUUCCUCAUCAGCAUCCUGCUAUCAGCUUCUAA